GGAAAAACAAAAGAGAAAAUUGUCAGUUUGAAAUAAAUUCUUAUCCUUCCUGGACUGUGGACAAAAAUCGCCCUGUUCCUUCAACCGCUGCCUUUAUUUAUAAUCGGCAUCACUACAGAGCUAAUAAAUUCAAUGAAGAUGUACAGCUAAUGAACAAUUGGUUUAAAUCGCUAGUUUUUUUUAAAGACAUGGAAGGUGUCACAUAAACGACGACCACAUGAUAAAAAUUCCUAUUUUUACGCCAAUUUUUUCUUGUGUUUAAGUAGAUAAAUAAUCAAAAUUGUCAUAGAUAACGAGAAAGGGUGAAUUUUGUACGACUCGUGUUUAAUCAACGGCAGUUACCGUUUCAAACAUUGCAUAGAUUCAAAUAUGCAAAAUGAGAAAUUCAGCGAGCAUUAUCAAAGAUUGUGAACAAAAUGUAAAAGUGUCGAUUAUGGAGAAAAAGUCCUUUGCGGAAAAUUCCAAAUUUGUUAAAGUUGACAAACAACCGAAUAAUAACAUCGAGGAAGCACCGCUGCAGGAAAUAUUUCUGUGUAAGGAAGUAACGCUGGAAUCCGUGAUGAACAAUUUCGACAGGGCUUUCAGAAGAGAAACGUACGGGAUUUUGCCUCAGACUGAUCUCAGUUUGGAGGAAAUAGGUGAAAAACCGCGGAAAAGCUCGUUCUGGCAAAGGUUGCAAACGUUUCUGUUCUCAAGGAAGAAGUUGUCAUCGCUCUUCUCUAGAAGCGACACGAAAACCGAUUUCUCCGCCGUUUCCGAAGGAUCCAUUCACGAGAAGAACCAAGACACGGCGGACGUUUCCGCAGCACAAAAUCCCGCCCCGAAAACGGCGCAGGACUCGCAAGUGGUGUCUCCGAAGUUGUCGCACAGGCAAGAGUCUCAAGGCUCGUCGGCUAUUAAGGGCAAGACGUCAUCUGGGUCCAAGUCGUCACGUGCCGAAUCCGGAAUUCUUUCGAUGUUGAACCGGAAAAUUUCGGGCCGGCUCAAGGGACAAUCGAAGGGCCAGAUAGGAAGCUCGUUCGACCACAGUCAAGGGCACGUGAAGCAGGACACGUCGCUCCACUCUCUCGCGAAAAGGACGACCGUUUAUACACACGAUUUGAUUUUCUUAACGGAAGAAGACAGGCGUGAUAAAUACGAAACGGCGAGGAAAAAGCGGGAGAAGGAACUGUCCUUACUUCAGACCACGUUGCAGCAGACGCUCGGCCCUGCAGAUUCAGACGAGCUCCUUGUCCAGGACCGAAAUCAGAUCAAAUCUGUGCUGGAUUUGACCAAUCCGGUCAGCAGAUCGCCCUCCAACCCAGUCCUCGAGACUACUUCCGAUCAGUCUAAAAACUUAAAUUGUAACGAAAACUAAGAUCGUCUAAGGGUUUCAUAGAGAGGAAAUCAAUAAGAAAAUCGGAGCGGUCGGCGGGUUAAUUAUUUUUUCAGCAUUUGCCACAAUGUCCUGUGUAUUUCUCGUGUUGGAAUAAAAAACAACAUGGAGCACUAUCGCCUCUCAAAAAAACCAACUAUUCAUCUCAUGUGGCUGGUAUUGUUCAAAAACUAACUCAAAACUAGAAGUAAAGGACAGAUAGUAACAAAUGUGCCGAUAAAUUAAAACAGCUCAAAUAGAAAUCAUUUUCAAAUUUGA